AUGGGGAACUAUUUUUCUAAUCUUAGAGCCACCACAGGUCGAGUUGCAGACGAGAUAGAGUGCGACCUGCAUGAUCCCGAACGAGCAGUUCAAUCGGUACUCGACUACCCAGGCUUAGAUGGAUUCCAGUGGAGAGUAUGGGCUGUUGCCGCCUCGGGAUUUUUUACUGCGUCUUACAGUAUUUUCGCUGUUAACGUGAUUUCUCCGUCGCUCUCUUAUGUCUACCCACCGGGUUGUUCUCAUGGAUGGUCAUCCAAUUCAUUAGUCAUCAACAUAACAACACUGGGAGGUACUAUGAUUGGCAUGAUACUUUUUGGCCAUUUAGCUGACCGAUAUGGUCGCAAGGCUAUUUACGGUCUCGAGUUGAGUAUUGUUGUCGUCGCAACCGUGGGGAUGACACAAGCAUCUAGGGGUUAUAACUCUAUGAAUGUUUAUGGCUGGGUUGGUUUCUGGCGAGCUAUGUUGGGUAUUGGACUUGGAGCAGAAUAUCCGCUCUCAGCCAUCAUCGCAUCCGAAUGGUCUUCGACGAAAUCCCGAGGUAAAAUGAUAGCGGCUGUAUUCCUGAUGCAGUCAGUGGGCCAACUUGCUGCUUAUGCCUUAGGGUUAGCCAUUCUUGAAGGAGUCAGCAGAAGCCAAAACCUGUCUCCCUUGGAAACAAAUUACGAAAUUGCAGCACCCGUCAUCGACGUAGUAUGGAGGACAACAAUUGGGAUCGGGGCGAUUCCGGCGCUCAUUUCGCUCUUCCUGAGGCGAAUUAUUCCUGAGACACCUUACUAUCUUGUAGAGAAGGGAGAGCUUGCAAAUGCCGUUGAAGCAGUUGGUCAUGUUAUUCCGUUGGAUGCAACUCUUCAGCCUACCGACACCAGUGACCCUAUGCCCAUGAUUCCUCAACGCUCACAAGAAAGACCGACAACUAUAACGAGAAACUCGCGAAAGGGUUGGUGGGAGUCAGCUAAAGAAUAUUUCCAUGAAGCGAAGGAGCACCUUUCCGAGAAGGGACGCUGGCGCGCUCUCCUGGGAGUCAUGUUAACCUGGUUUCUGUUGGACCUGGCUUAUUACGGGUUGGGCCUUGAUAACCCAAAGACUAUUUCCACAAUCUGGCUCUCGGAGCCCCCGAAUGUCACCAAUUCACCGGAAGAGACGGCAUGUAUCAAUAAUACUACAUGGCGAGCAGAUCUUGCUUCGCCAAACAUCACGAUAUACCAAAUGCUUCGACAAGAUAGUAUACGGAAUAUUGAAACCAUCUCAAGCGGAGCCUUACCAGGAAGCAUCAUCAUUUUAUUCGCCAUCGACUACAUCCCUCGAACCACAUGGAUGGGUUGGAUGUUUGUUGCGCUUGCGGCACUCUUCGCGGUUAACGGCGGUACUUUCUUCGUCACUUUCGAAACAUCUCAGCAUGCGCUUACUGUAACCCUCUAUGUUCUUGCUCAAGUCAUCUUCAAUCUUGGUCCUAAUACAAUCACGUUUAUGCUUCCAGCAGAACUCUUCGCAACCAAAUUUCGAGGAACGUUCUAUGGACUAGCUGCAGCCUCUGGUAAACUCGGAGCAAUAACCAUCUUGCUGAUUACAAACUUCGCUGUUUAUGACGACCAAUUAGCCUACAGCGGUAAGUUCGCAGGAAUGCUGCUUGGCUUUUGCCCGGCGAUGCUUCUCGGGGCUCUCAUUACAUGGACUUGGAUCCCCGAAGUUCAACAUUCCCGCCAUUACGAUCCAAAGCCUGAGCGAAACGACAACGCGUCGGACGAUGGCUUAGAUAUGGAAACUCCUACAUUUAGACAAAAACUGAAGUUAGCAAACCGACCUCUCACUAAUAUUGCUCGGAAGCCAGGCGAGGACCAGAUUCUAGGUAUCAGAAAAAACAUAUCGCGACUGUUCCGAGCAACAAAAAUCCAUGACGCUGGUGGCGUUCGACGGGGACGAUCGAUGGAUAAUGCUCGCACAACCUCAAUGGAUCACCACGACGCCACACAUGAACAUGGCCAUGACUAUGGACAUGGGGGUGGGAUAAUUGAGGAAGUAGACGUUGGCGAUGGAUAUGAAAUGAGGCAUGUGCGAUAUCGUGAUUAA